CUCCACGAGAGAACACACGUACUGUUUCUUUUGUUGACGUUAUUAACGGGGCAUAAUGAUAAAUCGUGCAUAAACACCACUGCAAGAGGAACUUGCAAUGGAGGAUUUCCUUCUCAGAGCAUUGAUGGGAGGCUUGUAUCUUUUGGGGGUGUUCAGACAGCGAAGACCUGGGGAGCCCCCUCUGGACAAGGGUCUCUUCCCUUGGCUGGGCCACGUCUUGGAGUUCCGCAGAGACACGGUGAAAUUCCUGCAGAGGAUGCAGAGGAAGCACGGUGAUGUGUUUACUAUCCAGUUAGGUGGCUUCUAUGUCACCUUUCUGCAGGACCCCUUGUCCUUUGGUCCGUUUGUCAAGGAGAGUCGGGAGAAGCUGGACUUCAACAAGUUUGCCAAGCACCUGGUGCACAGGGUCUUUGGCUACUGGUCGCCCAACAGCGAGCAUCACAUCCUGCAGCAAUCCAGCAAUAAGCACCUGAAGGGGGAUGGCUUGGAGGUCCUCACGCAGUCCAUGACAUUUAAUCUGAAGAACCUAAUGCUGUACAACCUCGGCAAAGAGAAGCAGGCUUGGACAGAAGAUGGCCUCUUUAUGUACUGCUACAAUAUCGUGUUCAGGGCGGGCUACCUGUCCCUGUAUGGCAAUGUUUCAGCAAAGUGUGAAGAUGAUGAGGAAAAGGCCAAAGAGAAAGACAGGGUGGAAUCAGAGGCCUUGUUCUACAAGUUCCGUAAGUACGACCAGCUCUUCCCGAAUCUGGCUUACGGUGUCCUACCCCCCAAGAAGAGACUUGAACUGCGUGGUCUCAUGGAUUACUUCUGGAACGUCUUGUCGGUUAGCAAGGUGAAGACCAAAGACAACAUCAGCGGCUGGGUGUGGGACAUGCAGCAGGUGCGAGAGGAGAUGGGCAUGGAUGAGGCAAUGAUUGACAGGUACAUGUUUCUCCUGCUUUGGGCCUCGCAAGGCAACACCGGCCCGUCUUCUUUCUGGCUGCUCCUCUACCUCAUGAAGCACCCGGAUGCUAUGGCAGCCGUCAAGUGUGAAGUGGACCGAAUCGUGCGUGAGUCAGGCCAGGAGGUCAGGCGAGACGGGCCUUUGCUGGACUUGACGCGUGACAUGCUGCUCAAGACCACCGUGCUGGACAGCGCAGUGGAGGAGACCCUGAGACUUACCGCUGCGCCCCUCCUUACCAGGGCUGUGCUUCAGGACAUGACACUGAAGAUGGCUGAUGGCCAAGAGUUUUUCAUCCGCAAGGGGGACAGGAUGGCGGUCUUCCCAUACACUGGUGUGCAAAUGGACCCAGGCAUCCACCCUGAUCCCACAGUCUUCAAAUAUGACCGUUUCCUCAACCCGGAUGGAAGCAGGAAGACAGAGUUUUACAAAGAAGGCAAGAAGGUGAAGUACUACACCAUGCCCUGGGGCGCCGGGGUGUCUAUUUGUCCAGGUCGCUUCUUUGCCACAAACGAGCUUAAGCAGUUCAUAUUCCUCAUGCUGGUUUACUUUGAGUUUGAGCUGCUAGAUCCGGAAAUUGAGAUCCCCAGCAUCGACGUCCGGCGAUGGGGCUUUGGAACCAUGCAACCUGUCAGAGAGGUUCCAUUCAGAUACAGACUUAGAUAUUAAACAGUCUAAGGAAGCGUCAAGAAAACUUUUCAAAGGGCAAUGCAAUCAAAUCAAAGACUUAGCAUUCACUAAAGAGAAACAAUGUAUUUCAAGCUGAAUUCAAAAUUUUGCACUAGAAUUUGAGUGUCAUGUUCAGCUAUUUUUUUGUUCAGUAAUGCAAGUAAAUCAUUAAGAUUUUAUGUCUUACUCAAUAUGUUUUGAAUUGUCAAACAAACAUUCUCUUGAAAUAAUAUUUUAUCAUUAGAAAUGGGUCAGAGACCUUCUACGUACAUAUCAACCACUUAUGCACACAAAAAUAAUUGCAAUGAGUGGUGGUCAAAUAUAUUUGUUCUGUGUAAUUAAUACGUACUCUAUUCAUCAAUGGUUUAUAGCUGCAUAUACACAAAGAAAUCCUUCAGUUUGUGUAAGAACUAUGAUCUAGGAUGAAAAUCAAGUCUGGAAAGAAGGUAGGGCUGUCUUGGUAUGUACAGACCUGCCAGGAUGGCGUUUGUGAUGAAAAGCACAUGUACAACGAUGCUUUUAUUGCAAAAUGUGGAACCGCUUAACAGAAGAAUGUAUUUACGAGAAUUGUUGGACCCAGAUUUACAAACUCAAAAGUAAAACAAGUAAUCAUUCAGUAAUCAGUAAUCCUUUCGCAAUAUCAUGCUUAAACAUUUAUGUGACUAGUUAAAUAUGUUGUGUGGCAGAUUGGUUAUGCCCCCCUCUCACUUUGUGUAUAAGUUACAUUCCCUGAUCAACAGGAUGUGUGUGAAGUGUGUAUUUUUUCGCAAAAUAAAAUAGAAAAAAAGGCUACAAUGUUCUUGUGUUUCAUUGU